AUAACCAAAGAUCAAAUCGAAACUCUGCGAGAAACUAGGAUGAGUUGGAAAAGAAUAGCACUUACACUUGGGAUAAUUGUAAGUGACAGUACGUUGUAUCGUCGUAGACAGGAACUUGGACGUCAUGAAAGCUUUGUAGACAUCUGCUAUGAGGAACUUUACACUGUCAUCAUGGGAAUGUUGACGCAGACACCUUAUGCUGGUGAGUCAUAUUAUGUCAGUGGUGGUUUGCGAGCUCGUGGUAUUUGUUUAGGUAACGGCAUGAUUUGUGGUGAUAUUUGGCAUAAAUACCACGGGUGAUAUUUCGAAUUUGUCAUACGAAAUUUCACGAGCCAUUAGGUGACAAUUUUGAAAUAUCCCGAGUGGUAUUUAUGGCAAAUAUCACGUGCAAAUCAUGCUCUCCUUUGUUUAUACUACUACCCACACAUGGUUUGUAAUUUUCACAUGUAGGUAUUUCAAAUUAAGCUGAAAUACCACUGCUCUAAGCCAAUCAAAUUGCAAAAAUUUCUCAUGUAGUAGUAUAAUUGUACAAAGACGCCGAAUAAGAGAAGUUCUCAGAACGAUUGAUCCUGUUGGCAGCGCAUUGCGUAGGAGAGCUGCUAUUCAAAGGAGGCAGUACAAUGUCAGAGCUCCUAAUCAUGAUUAUGUGGCACAUUGAUGGCAACCAUAAACUGGUCAGUUGGAGGUUUGUUGUACAUGGUUGUACAGAUGGCUAUAGCAGGGCAAUUGUAUACUUAAAGUGUGCACCUAACAACUUGGCAUCUACAGUCUUACGAUAUUUUAUUGAGGGAACCCAUGAGUUUGGAUUGCCUCUGCGUGUGAGGGGUGACCAUGGAGUCGAAAAUGUUGAGGUUGCAAGGUUUAUGGUUGAGAGGAGAGGUGUCAAUCGAGGUAGUUUUAUGUAGUGUCCACAAUGUCAGAAUUGAGAGACUUUGGUGGGAGAUGAACAUGUUCGUCACUGCCUUUUACAAGGACAUCUUUCAUUUCUUGGAAGAUUCAUGUUUGGUUAAUUCUCACAGUGAGUUUGAUCUUUUUGCUCUACACUAAUCUAUUUACCCAGGAUCAAUGCAUCACUUGAGGAGUUUGUUUGUUGAGCAGUGGAACUUCCAUGGUAUAAGCACUGCAGGAUAUCAGUCCCCAAUGGCUUUGUGGUAUGCAGGUAUUAUGCACAGUAUGGAUGACGCAGUAGUUUACGAACCAGAUGCUUAUGGUAUUGAUUUUGAAUCUGGUUUUUCAGAGAUUGAUGAUGAUUGCAGUGUUGUUGUUCCUGACAAUCAAAUACAGCUAACCGAGGAAGAAAAGCUAAGAAAUGACCAUUCUGAGGAGACAGGUUCCUGA